GUUUCUUUCCUUCUUUCUGAAGCAGAUCUCACACAAAGGUCCGCAAAUGGUGGAGAGUCUUUUGUUCACCGUUGUUGCUUUCACCAGCGAGGACCGCAGCAACGGAAGAUCCGCCGACGCCUUGAGCCUUAUCCAUCUCACAGGUCAGGACACCGGCGGCUGGCAGAGCGAGGCGCUUUGUUCCUUUCCCCAGGAGCUUGUGCUGCAAGUAGAGGCGCGGUGCUGCGACAUCGAAGAGGUGCGGCUUUAUCCUCACCCGGAUUGCUGCCCUUCAGAAGUCGAAGUCUGGGUGAGCAAUGACUUUGUCGCCCCUGCGGACUGCUAUGACUCGCCCUUCGAGAUGCUGGGUUCAGCGUGCUUUGACCAAGACAACAAAUGCGGAGUUGUCAAGAGUUUUGCAAUGGGAACCUACGUCAAGAUGGUCGUUCUCGGGAGGAGAAAGCGGGAUGGUGAAACGGACAGCGCGAAUGCCGGGAGGGUGGGCCUUCGAGCAGUCGAGGUGUGGGGACGGCGGCCCAAACGCACACAGCAGUCCAGCGGGGCGACAGAAAGAAGAAAACUUGACGGAUCAGGCUCGUUUGACAACCUAUGGAUGAGUGAAUCGGCAGUGAGAGACGCGCUGUUGGAUGCUGGCAUCCCGCUGGAGCUUCUGCCAGACUGUGAAGGCCUUCCCCUGCAGAUGCUCGACAAGUAGGUACCCUGCGGCACAAAAGAAAUCCACGACAUGUCUCACUUAGGCACCACGCGAUGCGUUCUCGACUGCAGGUCUUCACGUGACCUUCUCUUGGAGCUGCGUGAACAGAAGGACGCCGCAGUCGCUGCUGAGAAGUUUGCUGAGGCGCAGCAGCUUCAGGACGGAAUUGACAGCGUCACACAUGUGGGAUCGCUGCUCAAGACGUACGAGGUACGACACCGACCGAGACAGAAAAACUUGCACUUGGAUGGAGUCGUGUGCUGCAGAAAACAAAAUCUCGUCUUCUGUCGGAGGAGCGCUAUUCGUCAGCCAAGAGCCUCACUGCUGACGUGAUGGCACCGCUGGAGCAGGAGCGCCUACGUGUCGCCUGCAUGUUCAAUACUCGAUGGUUCGAACAGGUCAUAACGAUUGAGACUCUGAGCCCCGCGGCGUGGACACAGCGGGAGCUUGAGCGGCAAAAGAAGGACCGAGAGAAGGUGCAGGCGGCCCGAGAUGCCAAGAGGGAGUAUGAAGCCAAGUACAAGAGCGAGAAGGGGAAAGCAGGGCAGCUGAACGAGGAAGUACAGGAGCUGAAGAGGCAGAACGAGACGCUUCAGAGAGACAUGGAGGUGAGGUUGACCACACGACAGACUCGAAGCAAUCGUCACAUGCCCGAUCUAUUCGAUGUCGUGUGCAGCAUUACCGUGAGGAAAUAUCGCGCUUUCAAAGGGAAUCUGCGACUUUGACAGAAAGACAGGUCGCAGCACUCUCGUCUCGUUCACAUUUAGGUGGCUAUUGAUAUCUCUGUGUCUGUGCAGCGCCGUAUCGAGCAGGAGGAAGCCAAGCGGAUCGCAGAAGAGCAGCGCGCCCUCGAGGUGAGCGACUCAAACCUUUCCCUUCCGUCAAGGCAGGACCUCAUCGUGUGUUGGUCUUGUCAUCAACUAGGCUGUUCGUGCUGAGGCCAUUCGAGAAGCGGAGGAAGCCAAGCAGCAAGCCCUUGAGCGAGUUGAGCCGCCGCUUGCUGAGGCAGAAACGCUCAUGAGCAGCCGGGGCCCAUCGCCGGAUCUGAAGGAGAGACCACAGACACCAGAGAAGAGGAAAGCGCAGCCCUACCUUACCGACAUGACCCCUCAGGUAUCACCUUCAGAUGUUGUGGACAUACCAGAUAUAUACCCAUCUGUAAUCUGUUACUUACAUCCGACAGGAGAUAUUCUUUGCGGAGAAGUAUCACCAGAGCUAUAACCAGGAGUUCCAGAUACCCGGCGACACUGACGGAAGCCUUGAAGAGACGUUUUCCCAACCAGUCGUCGACUUCUUUGGCCGUGUUUGCUGGUAAGUGAGGCAGCAGCAAUCAAUCGCUUGAGUUUUGUUUAUGCCUUUCAGCUAUUUGUUGUGUGCCCCCGAUUGGCGACGAAAAGAGUUCACCCUCGCAGUACUCGCUGAGAGCUGGACGGACUUCGUCUCUCUGUUUGAGAUCGGCCAGCAAGGGGGAAGCGCCAAGGGCACGGACACGCUGUACUCGCCGGCUCCCUACACCAUGUGGAAACACCUCUGCAAGCUGGUCGAAUAUGGCCUCUUGGUGAAGUUCGUGCAGGUGCAGCUGGCAUCGCUGCACCUGAUUGCUACUGUCUUUGACUUCUUCAUACUCCGACUGACCAAGCCGCAUCUCAACAGUGGGCUCAAGGAUAUUGUCGGCCUGAUCGUUGCCAAGCUGGGAGACACGAACAUGAGACUGCAUCAGGUAGGCUCACACGGAGACAUCCACGCCAUGCAGCUGUCUCUGUGUCUGUCGUCAGGCGUCUGAGUCUCUUGUUCCCACCAUCGCGAACAAGGCUGGAGCCUCGCACCUGAUCACACAUCUAGUCAAUCCGCCAGGUAGGAUACCACCUCCCUUUCGAAGCAGACUGAGCCCUGUAUCUAGCAAUCUUGUGUCGCAGUUGUGGUAAUGAAGGACACAGUGAGGUCACUGGAUAGCGCAGACGGCACUACGCCACGUCGACGGGGCAGUUCAGGGAAAAAGGGGCUCAAGGAGAUGACGCUCAGCCAACUGCACUGGAAGGCACUGACGGCACGGCUGGCCUCGGCACGCACAGUGGUGCAAACAUGCGGUACGGGGAUGAAGACACACCACACAUGAAGGAUAUCUGUUUGUUUCUGCACUGACGUCAGGCCGUCCUUGUUUUGACUCGACGAAGUCUUAUUCGGUGCCGUCCAUUAUACCACUGGUCAUCGACGGGCUGCACCACGCACACAAAGAGGUGAGCCAAGGAAAGCAACUGAGGAGAGGGAGACAUGACUUCCGGAUCGAUCGAUGUGUGGAUAUAUGUGUCUCAGGUCCGUCAUGCUGCCAUCGAGCUGGCGGCCUUGCUCUUUCUGUUCGCUGGUGAGGACCUGUUGCCCUUCUUGCAUGGCGCAGGGCUACCUGAUAACGUGACCAGGCUGCUCAACGAGAGGUAAGGCGUGCAGCCGUUCAUCGGUUCACACAAAGCUUCAUGCUUCUUCACAGGUUCCACGAGAUAUCUGAUGAGGAUGUGCCGCUUCCCCGUGACGGCGGGCACCCAGAGGAGAGCGGAGAGGGCAACGACAGCGCGUGGUGGAAUAGGAGACAUGACAGUGCCAGAGCUUCGCGAAAAAGCCUCACUCCCAGCAGAUGAUGCCAAUUUGCUAUGCAUGUGGACAAUGAUCGGAACAGUGACAUGUGUACACACUUGCAGCAAGGAAUUACGUAUAUGAAUUGUAU